UUCCUUAUUCACACGCAUUCACAUGGUAUGCCGGGAACCGAAAGUAAGAUAAUUGAAGGCAGUAAAACGGAAAUAAAAUAGGAAGAUCAUCAGCCAAGAAAGACCUACUGGAGAAAGCGGAGGAUGGAAAAUAAAGGGAAGCAGUGUUUUAUCGUAUGUAUUUCAGCAAGCCUUCUGAAAUUUAACUAGAAAUAUGACUGCUCUUUCUUCAGAGAACUGCUCUUUUCAGUACCAGUUACAUCAAACAAAUCAGCCCCUAGAUGGAAACUGUCUCCUAUUCUUGAUUAUACUCGGGAAAAUAUUAUUAAAUAUCCUCACAUUAGUAAUGAGAAGAAAAAACACCUAUCAGAAUUUUAUGGAGUACUUUUGCAUUUCACUAACGUUCAUCGAUCUUUUACUUUUGGUAAACAUUUCCAUUAUAUCCUAUUUCAGGGAUUUUGUACUUUUAGGCAUUAGGUUUACUACAUACCACAUCUGCCUAUUUACUCAAAUUAUUUCUUUUACUUAUGGCUUUUUGCAUUAUCCAGUUUUCCUGAUAGCUUGUGUAGACUAUUAUUUGAAUUUCUCUAAAACCACCAAGCUUCCAUUUAAGUGUCAAAAAUUCUUUUAUUUUUUUACAGUAAUUUUAAUUUGGAUUUCAGUCCUUGCUUAUGUUUUAGGAGAUCCAACUAUCUACCAAAGCCUAAAGGCACAGAACGUUUAUUCUCAUCAAUGUCCUUUCUACAUUAGCAGUCAGAGUUACUGGCUGUCAUUUUUCAUUGUGGUGAUUUUAUUUAUGGCUUUUACAACCUCUUGGUCAGAAGUUAUUACCUUGAUACAGGCUAUGAGGGUAACUUCCUAUAUGAAUGAGACUAUUUUAUAUUUUCCCUUUUCAUCCCACUCUAGUUAUACUGUGAGCUCUAAAAAAAUACUCUUGCCUAAGUUCAUUAUCUGUUUUCUUGGUACCUGGUUACCAUUUGUACUUCUUCAAGUAAUUAUCCUUUUACUUAAAGUACAGAUUCCAGCAUAUAUUGAGAUGAACAUUCCGUGGUUAUACUUUGUCAAUAGUUUUCUCAUUGCUACCGUUUAUUGGUUUAAUUGUCACAAGCUUGAUUUACGAGACAUAGCAUUACCUGUGGAUCCCUUUGUCAACUGGAAAUGCUGCUUCAUUCCACUUACAAUUCAUAAUCUUGAGCAAAUUGAAAAGCCUAUAUCAAUAAUAAUUUAAUGUUUCCUUGUUAAAACU